UACCUUCAUCUCUCCUCCUUCGGCGAUCUCCUUCCUCUGUUGCCGCCUCUCUCACUUUUCUAAACACCCUCGUCUUCAGUUUCAUCAAGCUCCACAGUGACCACCGCCGUCUUCUUCAAGCUCCAGAUCUACGAGAUGGCGGCCAUGAUAUUGGAGUCGAUGUUGGACUGCUGGCGACGCUAUGGAUGGUCGGAUUGAAGAACAAAGAAGCCAAAUCUACGAACAUAGUACGAGGGACAUGCUGGUGGUGGCUGAGACAGUGUGGAAGAGGAGGAGGAGGAGGCGACAUCGUCUAUCUUUCGCUGCAGGUGUCAAGGAAACCGACUGUUUCUUCCUUGCUGUGUUGAAGUGGAUGAGAAGGAAUUGGAGGCCGAAGUCGAAGCCCAAACAAGAUACAGAGAGCCUGGGGAGCAAUGAGUUUGGGAUUGAUGCGACUCAACAUGCCGAGCACAAAACAAGUAGUCUUGCCAGAACCAUUGAGUGCUUGAGCGAUCAACUGCUUGCAAGGAGGGUUCAGAAUCUUGGGCAAAUUGAUUGUCUGGAUCUUACUUGGAGAAAAACGAGAUCGAUGGCGAUGAGAUUGUAUUUUUCUUAGAUCUAGUUUUUUUUUUUUUU